UCAUUAAAGCUUGCGUUACCAAACGCACUCCCUGAACUUGCGCAACAGAAUCGUUAGAUAUUUGACGGGUUUGACCUUCAGGAAACGUGUGUCUGUGGACAUGGAUUUUCACGGGAGAACUAGUUUCAUGGUAGUUUGCUUCUUAUCAGUAUGGAUCACGGCAUAUUCCCUGACUAUGACCCAGUCUCUGCGCGCGAUACUGAACAAUUUUAACAGUACAAGAAAUGUCUACAUCGACCCAGCUGCGAAACAAAUAGCACGUGACUACAUCGUGACAACUUUUAGGGAUCAUGGACUGCAAACGUGGACUGAAGAAUUUCAGAGCAAUAACGACAAGUUCCCAGGGAUAAACGUCGUUGGUCGGCUGCCUGGUCGCUAUUCUGGAACACGUGACGACAAAAUCGUUCUCAUUGGUUCUCACUAUGACACAGUCCAGACCACUUCCGGUGUGGAUGAUAACGGAUCGGGGAUGACUGCCUUGCUACAAGCUUUAGAGCUAUACACUAGUUCAGACAAACAGAAAUGUUCACGAGAUUACACGCUUUUGUUCGUGGCUUUCGAUCUGGAAGAACGUCAACCUACCGUCAACACCAGCUGCUCAAAGUCAGGAAACUGCCCUUGUAGUGGUGGAAGUUGUGGCAGCUAUUAUUUCGUACAGAAUUUCAGUCAGUAUCUCAACAACAAUGGAGUUGGUUUCCAGGGAGCCAUUGUUUUGGAAACCAUUCUUAACUACAACACCACACCAAAUUCUCAAGUGUUUCCUAGUGGUUUGAAGCCGUAUUUUACAGAGACAUACAACAAAAUAUCACAAAAUGGGUUCACGGGUGACUUCUUGGCUUUAAUUGGUCGGUCAACAUAUGACAGAAGACUCAUCGAUGGAAUAACAAAUGCUUUCAAGGAAGACGAAAACUUUCUAACAAUUGCCAUGCCUAUACCCAACUUGUUUUCAUCUGGUCGACCGGACACUUGGCCCGAAAAAAUUAGGCAAGGUAUGGGGGAUUUCUUUCGUUCCGACCAUUACUAUUUCUGGAAUGCGAAGCCAACGUUACCAGCGAUCUUUGUCACAGACUCUGCGGAUUUCCGAGGAUUCAUGAAAAAAUGUUAUCACAACGCCUGUGACGACAUGAGUCACGUGACCCCAGAGAUGAUGAUGUUUUUGGCGCGAACAACAAACAGCGUGGCUAAACUGGUCUCCAACAUGACAAAUGAAAAGUGCGAAAUGAAAAAGGCUGACUGUGUUCAACAGAUAACAGAAAGCGAAGGUGAAAUCGUAACGCCGUACCAUGACACCGUGUAUCCUAACAAACUGAACUGCGCAUGGACUAUUUCACUUGACGCUGAACAUAAAGAUCUCAAGUUCAAGUUUACAGCGUUUGAUCUGGAGGAGAGCAUCGACUGUACUGCAGACUAUGUUGUCAUUCGGGAUGGAAAAGACGAAACAUACCCUUUGAUUGGGAAAUAUUGUGGGAGGACUCUUCCAAAGCCAGUUACGGCUUCGUCCCAGUCCCUAUACAUCAUGUUCCACUCGGACGACCUGGUAGCUUCCAAGGGUUUCAAAGCGGAAUGGACAUCAAGUGUUACCUCAAGUGCUUUUCAAGGAUAUCGUCCAAUAAUGUGGCAAAGCCUUGCUUACCUUGUGUGUACAACACUGGCCAUUAUUCUGUGAAGAGCUGGUCAAGUUUUUAUCUGAUUUGCUGAGUUAGGAUGUUUUCUUAGCUCUUACUCUUACAGAACUGAUUGAGCAAAAAUAGAGAAUUUGAGGUCAUCUAAUAAAAAAUUCGUCUAAAUUCAAAAUUGCGACUAAAUAUGGCUUGUCAUAUGUCAUUUUAAAGCCAAUUAAAUUCUUCAUCGGAUAGACCAUAGUAAAGCAUUUUUCUACAUAAAUUAUGCUAAUUGCUUCAAUAAAUUCGUAUAAUUCAAAGCAUUUUUUUUGAUAAUUUUUUCUGACAAGUUGCCAUGAAAAACCAGAAACUUGCGAGGGAAGUAGCAAAAUCUUAGAAGUUUGUGAAAAAUAUAGUUUGAGCAAUAUUUAAAAGAUAUUGUUUCGUCGGUGAUAUUCUUCAUGGGAACCAGAACGACCUAAACGCUUCAUGCAAGUUCUGCAUCCAAAGCCAGUUUCCUUUUGCUUCGCUCCUUUUACACCAAUCCAACAAUGGUGACAUAUUCCAAACUUGAGAAGCAUUGACAGAAUCAUGGUCUCUCCCAUGAAAAAGAGGGAAAGGCAGUACUGGUACUGGACCAGGCGGACGGCGGCAAGAAAAAUUUCCAAUCAGCUUGUGGAUGACUCCAGAUAAAAAUUUGUCGUGUUCAA